AUGGGGACAAUCCAGGGUGGCUGGUUUAAAGGUGCCAAGGCUCUGCAGAGUCUUACACUGGAGGGAAACCUGCUCACCAGCUUAGAUUCUCGUUCCUUCCCUCUAAAUGACCUCAGAGAACUCAGGAAUCUGGAUCUGUCAGAUAAUCUGAUUGAGCAUGUGGAGAGAAACAGUUUCCGUGGCUUGGUGAGCCUGACGACUCUGGAUCUUUCCAGAAACCGCCUGAGUUCUGCUCCUGUGGAUGCUUUUUCUUACCUCACCUGGCUGACAAAUCUCAACCUGGACCUCAACUCAUGGAACUGCUCCUGUCAGCUGCUGGAGCUCGCCGACUUCCUGUCCACCUUCAUCCAACAACCUGACAAGAUCCUCUACAAUGGCCGUAGGAUGGUUUGUGCGAGCGCUGACAACCCAGCUGUAACCACAGUGCUGGAGCUGACCGAUGCCAAUUGUGUCCCGUCCAAUCAGAACAUCACAGUGCAUAUAGAGCCAAGAGCCAGCGUAACGCCUCAGUUGUAUGCUCGAGAUCUAGCCAUCACUGCAGUCAUCUGCUUUAUUGAGAGAGGAGGACGUAAUAAGAGACAAAGAAAGAGAAGAGAAAAGAGGCAGAAAGUUCAGUCCAGCCGGUUGGUGAAGGUCAAACUAAACUUGAAUCCACUAAGAAAAAGCAAAGUCCAUCCAAGGAAGAAAAAUGAGCAGGGUCCUUUGGAGAAAAGCAGCUCCAAGAAAAGCAAAGAAAAAAGAAAGGAUGGAAAAGAACGUGAGGAGAAGGAAGAAAAAGGAAAGUCUAGCAAGAAAAAAAUUGGAAAAUCCUCCAAGAUUGAGACAUCGGCUGAGGUUGGAAUCAAGGAAGAAGAGGUCAGAGGAGAGGAAGGACAGAAAAGCCAAACACCCUCUGAAAAAACAACUUCCAAAAGUGAUAACAAUGACCAGAAAAGUACAGAAGACAGUAGAUACCCAGAGAACAACCAGUCUGUGCAAAGCAGCAGUGCUGCUGACCAAUCAGGGUCCACUAUUGUUAGUGGACAUGGGCAAAGUCUGCUGGGUAAUAAGUAUCAAGGAACUGGCCUGACUCUGGGUAGUGCUCAGCAUUCGUCUACCAACCUCUCACUGCUUGGCUCAGCUGGCUCACAGCUAAGCGGCAGCAGCCUCUCUCUUCCAGGGGGGAACUUUCUGCUCAGCACCUUGGCCUCAGGAUCAAAUUUGCUGUUCCCCAGAGGUCCAGCUCCUAGUAUAGCAUUCAGUGGGCCUAACGUGGCUCCAAGCAGUGCUCCAGACAUGCUUAUUAGAGAAGCUGCAGGGGGAGUUCUGUCUGCUGCUAACCCUUUACAUGCAAGUGCAACACCUCAGACCGGAGGAGCUCCCUUGAACUUAGCAGCAAACCCAGGUGUUAAUCCUGCAGUUGUCCAGUCCCCCUCUCAGAGCCAAAUGCUUCCUGACAGUGCUCCUCUUGUAGCCAUGCCAAAACCUGAACUAGUGCAGGGACAAGUCAUUGCCCCCAAAAGACUCGAACCAACGAGCACAGUGGAGAAUAUAUCAAUUAGUAACAGUCAGGCAGAGACUGGGAAUGUAUCUGUUGGUACAAUAGCUGAUAUAUCAGUAGGGGGUGUGGCUCAAACUGAGGUGCCUGCAGUGGAAAGGUCUGGAGCCAGCAUGCAGGAGGCAGGCGUAUCAGGUGUGCCCGGUAUAUCCACAGAGAGUGAAUCCUCCACAGCAGCUGCUCUGCUGCAGCAAGAGUACCUGCCUGAGGAAGGAGGCUCCCCUUCCCUCAGGAGGAAGCUGAGACUGGUGCUUCCUGAGAAGACAUCCAGCCGUCCUCUCACUGCUCUGGAGAGGAAAAUACGUUAGAAGCUAACUCAGUAUUUAAACUACUUUUUAUCUGAGUAAAAGGAGCUAAUGUUACUACUGAAUCAU